AUGGCUGUCUUCUCCAUGAUCUCCAACGAGCGCCCCAUGCUCUACGGCCGCUCCGGCUACAACUCCAAGCCCAACGGUGGCGAUGAUGACGACAAGAACCAAGGUCGCUCCGGCUACAACUCAAAGCCCGACGAUGACGACAAGGACAACAAGAGGUCGCUCAACUUCGAGUAA